AUGUCCAGGAUCAUCCGCGUCGCGCUGCUGGUGCGGGACUACGACGAGGCAAUUGCCUUCUACGUCGGCAAGAUGGGCUUCACGCUGCUCGAGGACACCACCUUCCCCGCGAGCGAGGACGGCAAGACCCCGGCGCGCCGCUGGGUCGCCGUCCUCCCCGCGGGCGCGCCCCCAGGCUCGACCAACCUGGUUCUCGUCAAGGCGGCGACUGAGCAGCAGGUCGCUGCUGUGGGGAACCAGAGCGGUGGGAGGGUGUUUUUGUUUCUGGGCACGGACGACUUUGACAGGGACUAUAAGAAAUACAGCGAGGCCGGAUGCGAGUGGGUGCGCCCGCCGGUGAAGCAGCCGUACGGCACGGUGGCCGUGUUCAAGGACAUCUACGGCAACAUGUGGGACCUGAUUGGGCCGGCGGAGGACAAGGACGAGGAGAGCGACGACAGAUGA